AUUCCACGUUAGCUUUGUCUCUUGCUGACUGUUGCGUGAAUGUUUUACUGUGAACACUAAGCAUAGGAGAGAUCACAAGCUACAGUAGACCUCUUAAGCGUGUUCGCUGGAAGAUAAUGUCUGAAACGGAGGGGAAGUCCUUGUCGUGUCUUGCAGCUGUAGCUUGGGAACCCAUAAAACCACUUGUUAUAGAAACCAUUGAGGUAGCACCUCCUAAGGCUAAAGAGGUGCGUAUUAAAAUCCUUGCAACUGGGGUUUGUCACACAGACAGCUACACACUUGGGGGACAUGACUCAGAGGGUAUGUUUCCUUGCGUUCUUGGCCAUGAAGGAGGUGGUAUCGUAGAAAGUGUUGGUGAAGGAGUUACAAGAGUUGAGCCAGGUGAUCAUGUUAUUCCUCUUUACAUACCUCAAUGUGGUGAGUGCAAGUUUUGCCAAAGUCCAAAGACAAAUCUUUGCAGUACAAUUCGAACAACUCAGGGAAAAGGUGUAAUGCCUGAGGGUACAUCGCGAUUGUCAUGCAAAGGCCAGACAUUGUACCAUUUUAUGGGUACUAGCACAUUUAGUGAGUACACAGUUGUUGCUGAAAUAUCAAUAGCAAAGGUGGCUGACAAUGCUCCCCUUGAGAAAGUGUGUCUCCUUGGGUGUGGAAUUUCAACAGGGUAUGGUGCAGCUUUAAACACUGCAAAGGUAGAGCCUGGAUCUACUACAGCAAUUUGGGGACUGGGAGCUGUUGGUCUGGCUGUUGCCAUGGGCUGUAAGGCUGCAGGAGCCUCAAGGAUUAUUGGAAUUGAUCUAAAUCCCAAUAAAUUUGCCAUAGCUAAGAAGUUUGGCUGUACUGAGUUUGUCAAUCCCAAGGAUCACAACAAGUCUAUUCAACAGGUUUUGAUAGAGAUGACAGAUGGAGGCCUGGACUACACCUUUGAAUGUGUUGGGAAUGUAGGAACUAUGCGUGCUGCUCUGGAAUCAUGCCACAAAGGAUGGGGAACAUCUGUUAUUGUUGGAGUUGCUGGUGCAGGACAAGAGAUUUCUACCAGGCCUUUCCAACUUGUGACAGGGCGAACAUGGAAAGGAACAGCAUUUGGAGCAGGCUGGAAGAGCUGUGAAAGUGUUCCAAAACUUGUGGAUGAAUACAUGGCUGGCAAGCUAAAGGUGGAUGAGUUUAUCACCCACACACUUCCAUUGGACAAGAUCAACGAGGCGUUUGACCUUAUGCAUGAUGGGAAAAGCAUCCGAGCAAUCAUUAACUUUUGAGUGUGGCGUCUUUUCCAAGAUUACUUCCGCAGGAAGAAGUCAUGAUUGACUUACAAAACAAUAAACUGCUAUUUUUCUCACCGUGACUGCUUACUUUAUAUUCCACUAGCAAAACGUAUACACUACCACACUUGUGAAUAAUAUAUUUCCACACGUUGCAUGUUUUGUUUUUCAUGGGUACCGGUAAGCUCUAAGAACUACGGCAUCUCCGAUCUUCGAUUUAUACGAUCUGAUGGGAAACAGGAUACGUGGGAAAAGUCAUUAGCUGUUUGAUUUUUAAAUAAAUUAACGUGUGCAUGUUUGUGUAGCAUGCGGAGGCAAUUUUGAGAGCUCUGA